AUGAUCGAGUUGAAUUAUUUAACGGCAGGCUUGACGCCGAUGUGGUACCAUGCAACUAACAUUGCAUUACAUGCAGCUGCAUGCAUUCUGGUGACCAGAGUCAGCCUUGCAGUUGCAUCUCUUCGCCCCGGAUUUGCAGCAUUAACUGGUCUUCUUUUCGCGGCGCACCCUGUUCACACCGAGGCGGUGACUGGAAUAGUUGGAAGAGCGGACGUCCUGGCCUGCAUCUUCUUUCUGCUCUCCUUUCUCGCCUAUCACGGGUGA